GUUAUUCAAUGAUCGAAGUCAACAUUUGACUUUGUAUAAUGAAGUGUUAAUAAAAGUGAUAGUUUUUAAAAGUUGAUGUUAAAACAGAUUUAAAAGGUAACAUGCAUGAAAUGACUAAGCUUAGUAUAGGUGGGAAACUAGAUAUAGGUAUAGAAUGACAAGUAGGAACAGCUCAAAGUACAACAGAAUGGCAGAUAUUAUUACACCACGUACUCUAAGUGAUACCAAAUCACUGAGGAUGCUUAUACAAACUGAAGAUCCAACUUAUUAUGGGUUGAAAAAGUUGAAGAUAAAAGGAAAAGAUCUAAACGAUUUACCUCAUUCUGUAUUCAAUAUUUUGGAACUAGAAGUGUUAGAACUAAGUCCAGAACGCGAAUCAUGUCUUGAUUAUAAACUUCCAGAACUUCCACACGCAAUCGGAAAAUUGGUCAACUUGAGGGUUCUUAUUCUGGAUACUAAUGAAUUGGAAACUUUGGCACCGGAAGUAACAUUAUUGGUGAGUUUGGAAAGACUUGUUCUUAGUAAUAACCAUUUAUGUAGCUUACCAGAUGGAUUUAUGAAUCUUAAAAAUCUUAAAAGUCUUCAUUUGUCUAACAAUGAAUUUAAAGAGUUUCCAUUAGAGCUUUGUGAUCUGGUAAAUUUAGAAUUUCUGGAUAUGUGUGACAAUUUGCUCGAGGAUCUUCCUGUGAAGAUUUCAAAGAUGAAAAAGCUCCAUACGUUACUUCUAUGUUUCAACCAAUUGAGAAAAAUUCCAAACAGUAUUUGUAAAAUGUCUGAGCUGCGCUGUCUAUGGCUAGGAAACAACUUAUUAAAGUCUCUCCCAAAAGACUUCGGACAAUUGAAGAAUAUUGACUGGGACUGGCGGUAUAUUUCGUCGUUACUGGAUAAUAAUCCGCUUGUUCGUCCUCCGAUAGAAGUAUGUCGUCUGGGAAUGGAUGCAAUAGAAACAUAUCUCAACAACAACAAAGGAAAGCGGAAGACUCGAGGUAAUGCUUCGUAUGGAAACAGACGGUAAAUACAUUUCCCGACUAAUUGGAAAUGAUGUGGAUUCCCGAGUAAUUACUUUGUUAUCAUUCAUAUCUCAAACACAAAAAAUUUAGUAAAAUUUUGAAAUUGU